AUGCGUUUCGCUACCCUCUUUACGCUUCUUCUCCCCAUUCUGGCCGUCGGCGCCCAGGAUAUCCCUCGGUCCCAGAAGGAGAACAAGACUGGGACGACGUACAAGUCCACGCUCUCGCUCCUCUUGUACAAGCGCGAGGAGUAUCUUCGCGCGACUCGCGGUAACGGCGAGCUCGAGAAGCGCGCUUGCCCUAGCGGAUAUAAUCAGUGCGCGAACUACCCCGACGAGUGCGCGCCUGUUGGCUCGUUCUGCUGUAACUCGUUGUACAACUGUCCUAAUGGUGACACCUGCUACGGCAUCGACGAGUGUUGCUCGGGCGGCUCUCAGACGUGUGGCGGUACCGCGUGCUGCGUCUCGGGCUCGGAGUGCUGCCAGGACGAUGGGUGCUGCAAGCCCGGCUAUUUCUGCUGCAACGACGCUACUGGCGGAUGCUGCCCCAACGGCUACACCUGUAACGCCAGCGCCGACACCUGCUCUCCCGGUGGCUCUUCUGGCGGAGGCUCUCCCGGUGGCGGAUCCACCGGCAGCAGCACAAGUGCCAGUGGUGGCGGAGGCUUCUCGUCCAUGUCGUCCUUCAGCUUCUCGUCGGCAAUGCCCACUACCGCAGGCUCCGGCGGCGGCGGCUUCACUGCCCCUACUCCGUCGAGCACUGGGCCGCUGUCGGGAGAUGAUGGGAGCAACGGUGGGAGUGGCGGUGGUAGCUCGAACCCUUUCGGAGCUGCUGGUGGCGGUGCGGGACACAGCGCGCAUGCCUGUCUUUCAGCCAUGAUUGCCGUCGCUGGCGCUGCUGGAUUUGCAUUGCUCUGA